GGGAGACUCUUUCCUCUGGUAUUAUUUUCCCGUGUGUUCACUUCCGGGUCCGGCGCUGAUCCGGAUUCCAGAGGCAGGAGGAUGUUUGACCUCCGGAUAAGCGAGGCGCCGCUGUGCAUUCAUUUCUGGUUGCCUCGCUGGCGACCGCUGCGGCCCGGGCGGCGACCCUCCCGCCAGCGGCGGUGGUAGAAGGCGCUGGCUAGGCGUGCGGAGACGCUGUCCAAGCCGAGCUGCGUUCCCUUGGCCGCUCGCGGCUCCCCCGCUUCGCUCGUUCCGUCCCGGCGUGGCUCAGCUUUCCUCCUCCGGCCGCGCGCGGUGUUAUGUGCCGCCGCCGUCGCUGCCGUCGCUGCCCCUGCCGCUGCCGCUGAGGGACAGACCGCGGCGCGCUCGGCCCGCGACCCUGCUGCGGACGGCUGCGCCUCUGAGCUUUCUAUCAGUAUCAGCUCAUAUCACAGAGAAGAUACUUGUGAAGACAUGUUUUUCUGAAAAGAUAACUGAGAACAGUUUUACGAAUGGGAUGAACACGCUCCAGUUCAUUGACUACCGACUGAAAUUUGAAUGCUAAGAGUACCCAUCUGGUACAGUUACCUAGGGAUGUACCUGUUCUCACAUACCUUAUUUCAGCGUGCUUAUUUUGAUUAAAGAAUUCAAAGUGGAGUACCACAAACUUGAUAUGGAUAAUAAAAAGAAAGACAAGGACAAAUCAGAUGAUAGAAUGGCACGACCUAGUGGUCGGUCAGGACACAGUACUCGAGGAACUGGGUCUUCAUCAUCUGGAGUUUUAAUGGUUGGACCUAACUUUAGAGUUGGAAAAAAAAUUGGAUGUGGCAAUUUUGGAGAAUUACGAUUAGGGAAAAAUUUAUACACAAAUGAAUAUGUGGCGAUUAAACUGGAGCCCAUGAAAUCCAGAGCACCACAGCUGCAUUUGGAAUACAGAUUCUACAAGCAGUUAGGAUCUGGAGAUGGUAUACCUCAAGUUUACUACUUUGGCCCUUGUGGUAAAUACAAUGCUAUGGUGCUGGAGCUGCUGGGACCUAGUUUGGAAGACUUGUUUGACCUGUGUGACAGAACGUUUUCUCUUAAAACAGUUCUCAUGAUAGCUAUACAAUUGAUUUCUCGUAUGGAGUAUGUCCAUUCGAAGAACCUGAUCUAUAGAGAUGUAAAACCUGAGAACUUCUUAAUAGGACGGCCAGGCAACAAAACCCAACAAGUUAUUCACAUUAUAGAUUUUGGUUUGGCAAAGGAAUAUAUUGAUCCUGAGACAAAGAAACAUAUACCUUACAGAGAACACAAGAGCCUUACAGGAACAGCAAGAUACAUGAGCAUAAACACACAUUUGGGAAAAGAGCAAAGUAGGAGAGAUGAUUUAGAAGCUUUAGGUCACAUGUUCAUGUACUUCCUGAGAGGCAGUCUUCCAUGGCAAGGCUUAAAGGCUGACACACUAAAAGAGAGGUAUCAAAAAAUUGGAGAUACAAAAAGAGCAACACCAAUAGAAGUGUUAUGUGAAAAUUUUCCAGAAGAAAUGGCAACAUAUCUUCGUUAUGUAAGAAGGCUAGAUUUUUUUGAAAAGCCAGACUAUGAUUACCUAAGGAAACUUUUUACUGACUUGUUUGAUCGAAAAGGAUAUAUGUUUGAUUAUGAAUAUGACUGGACUGGUAAACAGUUGCCUACUCCAGUGGGAGCUGUUCAGCAUGACCCUGCCUUGUCCUCCAGCCGAGAUGCACACCCACACAAAGACAAGACACAGCAGUCCAAAAACCAGUCGGCAGACCACAGGGCAGCUUGGGACUCCCAGCAGGCAAAUCCCCACCAUUUGAGAGCUCACCUUGCAGCAGACAGACAUGGUGGCUCAGUACAGGUUGUAAGUUCUACAAAUGGAGAGCUAAAUACAGACGACCCUACUGCAGGACGUUCUAAUGCACCCAUCACUGCCCCCACCGAAGUAGAAGUGAUGGAUGAAACCAACUGCCAGAAAGUGUUGAACAUGUGGUGCUGCUGUUUUUUCAAACGAAGGAAAAGGAAAACCACACAACGUCACAAGUGACUGUAGAUGGACAGAUCGCAGGGCAUUACUUACAUGUUCAUCUGCUGUCUUGUGAUUGAAAUCAUCUCUGUAGUGACCACACAUACUUCUAAGGACUCACUCUUAGAAACAAAAAAAUGUCAUGCUUUCAUACUUCAGGUUUUGGUUUCUUACAUUCAUUUGUUUGUUUGUUUGUUUUUUCCCUAAUUUAACUUUUAUGGAAGCUUUAAAGUUUGAUCAGAGCCCGAGCACUUUGUCCAUCAGUAAAUGGAGUGGACCAAUGAGGUGAUCCUGCUGAGUGCUUGUCCAUAGGUGCUUUCCAGAAGCUCUCUGCUUAGGAAAGCAGUGUGGUAUCUUACAUGUCCAGCAUUUAGAUCGUAAUUUGGUUUUUCAAAUGCUUUGUGUAAAAGCAUUUGCAAACAGAAAUUUCCUUCCCAGUAGACAGGACAGCAGAGAAAACAAGAACUGGUUGAAUAUUUUAAAAAUAAUUCCUUGAGAAGUUCAUAUUUUAUGUCAUCUACAUUGAUUUCAGUUUUCCUGAUGGUACUUUCAUCUGUGAGUUCUGUUAACAUUCACUUUGUGAAAUCAUGGUAUAGUCACGGCCCAGAGGUACUAAGCAAAACACACAUGGUUCAGUGUAUGGUGGCGAUAACGUGAAUCACGAUGAAGUGCAGAAAGUUCCAGCUCUUGCUUUUGAUGCCCUACUAUGUGAAGUACAGUGUUGCAGAAGUGGCAAAAGCACUUGUUUUUUUAAAAGUCCAAAUAUUUGUAUAAUAUAACUUUAUGCUUCCAAAUAAUGCUGUAUGUUAGAUGUUGAGGAAUGAAUAUUUUGAGAGGUUUGAAUUUUAAAAAAUAUACUGAGCAAAAGAAAUAAAUGUGAACUUGGUUGUAAGGUUGGAUUCUGAGGAGAGGCCCCUGGAAGCUCCUGCUGAGUGACACAUCCUCCCUCCAGCAGAAAGCUGAGCUGCUGUGCCCUGGCGCCCCUUUAUUGUUUUGCUCUUUGAUUAAAAAGCAAAACAAGAAUACUUCUCAGCAGUAAAAUCUGGACCGCUCACUCAGUUGCCCUCUGCACACUAGUCCUUUGCAUUAAAUUGGCUAGUUCUGGGGAAUUCCUCACUUUAGGCAAGACUUUGAUGAUUGAAAACUGUUUGGAGAGGGUGGAUCAGGUGCUUUGUCUCCUGGUCUUUUGAAGUGCCUGCACUGUAAGAAGAAUAACUGUUCUGUGAAAGAACAAGCCCUUCCCACAUUUCUUUCAGCAAGCUUUGUUUUAAGCCACAGAGAUGAAAGUCUUUUGUCACAUUUGACUCAAAGGGUUAAAACAGGAAGACUGGCUGGAAAGAAUUCUGUUGGUCAGUUUUCCUGUCUAGCAUUCAUUUAUGAGACUCCUCCCAAGCAGUCUCCUCUUUGUCUUUAAGCAUGUGCCUCCAGUGUGCUUAUUUAUUUUUAUUGUCUCAAGGUAACAUUUAAAAUGUGCAUCAAUGUAAAUGAAUCCACAUUUUUAUUUCAUUGCUGCACUUACAGGUAUUUAAUUGUACUUUGUAAUUUAUUUUUCUUAUUAGCCAAAAGCUCAAUGUGUUGUUCUUGAUUUAUUAAGCAUAGUAUGACACCACAAAUCAGGACAUUGUUUGUCAAUGUUGCUCUGAGUCCUAAGAUUGAUCUCUUGAUUUUGAAAACCUACUAAGUCGCCCAGCCUGGAAGACAUUGGCUGUCUCAUUUGGUCAACAGUGCCAUUCUAUCUAUGUGUAUAGAUAUUUGUUAAGAUGUCUUAAACUACAAAAGUUUCAGACUAUGCUUCUAUUUUUGUUUGCUUUGAGCAAAUGGAUGUUUGGCCAUUAUAAUGUGAAACCACUUCUUUCUUUACAGUAUUCGACCAAAUUUAUGUGUCUUAUGAUAUUUGUAAAUACAUGGGCUAUCUGUAUUUCUCUGUUUAGUUUUAUUCUCAGUAGGGUUUUUUGGACUGUACAGUGUUUAUAUGAUCUGAAUUCCUUAUAUAUAAGAAGGUGUGUAUAUUAAUCCAAUUAUGGACUUAAAUAUUUUAAAUGUAUAAAUACCCUUAUUUGCUGCAAAGACCAGUGUGUAGACAUUUGCUUUUUAGCAAUACUUUUUUUCAAGUGCUCCAUUUUAAUGCCAGGAUGGUGUCCUAUGGUGACACCGAUGGUCAGUGGUGGGCAGUGCAGGUGUGUGCGAGCUACGCCAACAGUGUUUUGCAUUCUUAUGCUUUUCUGUCAACACUAAUGAAGUCAACAUUGCCUGAACGUCUUGAAUAAUGAAACACAUCCCUGUUUAAAAGUAUGUAACUGAAAAAGAAAAAAUAAAGGUAGUUUUUUUUUAA